AUGCCAAAACAAGCUAAGUUGGUCAAUGGGUCAAUUGUUUGCGCAGCUAUUUGCAAAGCUACCUACGGUCGCAGCAAUGGCCGCAGCUCUCAUGUUUGUUGUGGUGGUUGGUGUGGCUCCGUGCAUGACACGAGGGCCGUCCUUAGGUCGGACGGCACCACAACACCACCUCAGCUUUUGGCAGCCGCUGUUAUACACUCACUUUACUGCAGACGAGCCAUGGAUCUCUAG